AUGCACGAACGACGCCCCGCACCCGCCCCUACGUCGUUCCCGGACGCGGCAUCGCUCCGGGUCGGCAUCGUGCACGCGCGCUGGAACACCGAGUGCAUCGACGCGCUCGUCAAGGGCGCCAUCUCGAGCCUCGAAAAAGCCGGCGUCAAGUCGGAGAACAUUGUCAUUGAGAGCGUGCCUGGCAGCUUCGAGCUGCCCAUCGCUACAUCUCGGUUGAUUGCCGCUUCCCAGAUCCAGGCCUCAUCGAACGCAAACGACCUCAUGGGCUCGCUUAUCGAAGCCACAACCGGAAAUGCAGGGACCACGGGCAGCGACGCAAAGGCAUCGAAGCAGAGCCUCGACGCCGUCAUCUCCAUCGGCGUCCUCAUCAAGGGCUCGACGAUGCACUUUGAGUACAUCUCCGACAGCUGCUGCCACGGCUUGAUGCGCGUCGGCCUCGACACGGGCGUGCCCGUCAUCCUCGGCGUCCUCACGGCCCUCACCGAGGAGCAGGCGCUGGAGCGGAGCGGUUUGGGCCAGAGCAGCAAGAAGCACAACCACGGCGAGGACUGGGGCACGGCUGCCGUCGAGAUGGCGACAAAGACAAAGACAUGGGCAAGCGGCAAGUUGGGCGCAUAGGGCCCACGUACUCACAAUAGCAAAAGGGAAUGAAGAAAAGAAAUGCCAAUGGUGACGUGACGAAUGAG